UUAAUACACAAGAUGGCGGCAGAAGCAUCCUCUGUUGUGACAUCGAAAGCUCCAGGAACUCCGUGUUUUCGUGCAUCGUAUCCGAAGGAAAAGUUUUCAGCACUUUGUAUUUUUAGAAUCCAGAGGUAACGUGCAUGAUAAUGUUUCACGUUAUGUGGCGAAAGUCUUUGUAAAGGUCAUCAUUCUUAGACGGCCGAGGUCGUUCGCGGUCCCUUCGCUUCCCUCCCUCUCCCGUCGGGAGACGGAGGAAAGCGAAGGAACCGCGAACGACCUCGGCCGUCUGAUAAUCAGGCUACAUCUACUGCAGCAUGUAUACCCAACUUUCUUCGAAACCCUGGCUAUGAGGAUUUCUCAUGUCACGCUUUCUCUUUUUCCCUGUGAUGUUCCCAAUGUUGAGAUUCGCGUUUUUACAAAUGGGUAAUACUUGGAUCAAUAUGAUAUCGGGGGGAUUGUAAUGUGUGAAAUUUCAACACAUGUGACGAAUAUAUAUGAUAAUAAUUAUUAUUUUAUUGUAACUUUCAUUUCCUACAAUCAUGUUAUUAACAGUGCUCGCAUUUGUGACUAUCAAAACCGAAACACUUUACUCAGAGGUCGAGUCACAGGAAGCUGCAUAUACAUGUUACAGAAUCCUUUGUCAGCUCGCAAAUAGUCGUGGGACAGUCCAAUUUCCUGGUCGAUGCAUGUUAGUAGGCACUAAUCUCUAUGGUGAUUAUGUUUGAUAAAUUCUUAAUGCCAUUGUGACCACUCCUCUUCACAUAGCAUUGAAUCAGGUUUAACACUUGGAGUCAUGAGAGAUUUGAUGCUGAUCAUUUUUUAAAUUUAGAGCUUAAAUGGUAUUAAAAUAAUACCAUUUGUGACCUUACACUGAAAAUCGUACGCUAAUGGCUUUCCGUUUUCUAACGGCUUUCCGUUUACAAUCCGUUUGUCAGCCGUUCAAAUGGCUUGGUCGCCCGUUUACUAGAAACAUCAGCCCAUUAGAACAGCUUUGUCACCCAUUCAUUGGAGACAUCAAUCCCUUCAAACAACUUAGUUACCCCUUCAUUAGAUACAUCAAACAGUUCGAACGACUUGGUCACCCGUUUGUUGAAGACAUCAGGCCAUUUGAAUGACUUGAUUGCCGGUUUGUUGAAGACAUCAGGCUGUUUGAAUGGCUUGAUUGCCGGUUUGUUGAAGACAUCAGGCUGUUUGAAUGGCUUGAUUGCCAGUUUGUUGAAGACAUCAGGCUGUUUGAAUGGCUUGAUUGCCGGUUUGUUGAAGACAUCAGGCCAUUUGAAUGACUUGAUUGCCGGUUUGUUGAAGACAUCAGGCUGUUUGAAUGACUUGAUUGCCGGUUUGUUGAAGACAUCAGGCUGUUUGAAUGGCUUGGUCAUUCGUAUUUUAGCAUCCCUUUGAAUUUUGUGUUGAAUGACAUGGGAGACGAGUCGCGCUAUCCGUGCAAAAAAUUUCACUGGUUUGAGUGGUUUCAAGAUUUGUUUGAAUUUCAAUUUUUUUAAGGGUUGUUUGUUUUCUUUUAUUUGGGCCCAAGUUUUAUCAAAGCUUUAAACUCUUAUUUUGUAUUUACCCUUGAAAUCUUAGUGACAACCCUGGCUUUAAACUCUUAUUUUGCCCUUACUGAAGUAACAUGCAUACACAAGUGAUCGUGGAGUGGAUGCUGUUUCAGAUGUAGCAGACUAUGAGCUCUUCUGCAUCAAUGAUCCCUUAUCAGAUGAAAAAUCUAAGCUAAAGAUAUGCUAUGUAAACAAAACAUUUCAAAAGAAACCUGAACACUUUUGCUCUCUGCAUUUUUACUUUACAAAUGAAAUAUUUUUUUGCCAAUGACUUGUUUUACAUACAUGUAAAACAUACAGAGAAUCAAUAAUUAUUAAAGAAGCCUGUGUGUCAUGCACUCUCUUCUCAUUCAAAUGGAUAGUGUUGUACGUGUUACCUGUCACUCAGGUUUGCUUUAUGCAAAUUUGGUGAGACUGUAAUCUGAGAAUUGCAUCUACAAAUAGAAUCGUGCACGGAAGAAUUUUCUUACUGCAUUGAAGUUGCUGUCAAAAGAAAACAAGCCAACAGGGAAAAUUCAAAGCUGCCCUGUUUUUGUGCAACUUCAAAUAAUACUGGUAAGUGAAGUGGAUGUCACGCACAACACAGUAAAGAUAAACAAAUGGCAACUUUCCUUUGAAUUCGAGUUUUGCUUCAAUAGAAGUAGUACAAAGUCCUAUUUAUCAAAAUUUAACCGCUUUCUUGUUUUGUUAAUACAUCAGAACAGUUUUUAACAUAACCUAAAUUGGACCAGAUUAAUUUGUCCUUUCCUUCAGAAUGAUAACAUGACACCAUGGUUCUUCAUGAGCCGUUCACAAUAAUUAUUGAUCGGAAAUCCGUUCACCCAUUUAUGUCAACCCAUUCAAACUGGUGAGUAAGCUGUUCGACUGUUCAUGUUAGCCAUUCAGAAUACUUCAUAUAAACCUGUUCAGCCGUUCGAAGAUCCUGUUUGAGUAGGUGAGUGAGCCAUUUGCAACCUGUUCAGAAGCCAUGCUUUUUAAUGUAAAGCCAUUAGUGUUUUUUUUUUUUUUUGCCGGUGGAAGGUCACAUUUUGUAACUUUGAAAGUUAUCUUCAUAUUAAUCAAAUUUGUAAUCAAAUGCAGUGUUAUUUUUGCUUUCUCUCAUAAUUUUAUUAUUAUUUUUUUGGUUGAUUUGCAAAGGGAUAUUACAAACAUGUACAAGGAACCCCCACCAGGGCUUCAUAUUGCUGCUGAUGAAGAUGACAUUACAAAGGUUUGUUUAAUCUAAUAAAAGUAAGUGAAGGGGAUAAAUGAAGGAGAAAAUGGCGAUAAGGGUUUAGGGGGAUUAUUUGAGGGAGGCGAUAAAUCAAGUGAUGGCUAUCAUUCAAGGAAAUAUGGUAAUGAUAAUUCCUACACUGUCCUUGAUUGUUAGUCAUACUGUGGUCAUUUUAAGUACCUUCCAAACAAAUGUUUAUAGUGAGGAUCAGCAUGCCUCCUGCUCCUUUGCUGGCUUUAAGGCAAGUCUCUCUUUUAAUUUUCUUUUCUCACCUGGACUUUUUUUAGUGAGCUUAACAUGACAAAUCGUAAUAAGAACCUCGUGAUAUAUUCUUUUGUUUUUUAGGUUCAUGCACUAGUUGUUGGACCACGUGGCACACCAUAUGAGGGUGGAUUCUUUUACUUUCUGAUCUUUUUUACCCCUGAUUACCCAAUAAAACCUCCAAAGGUCAAACUAAUGACUACUGGUGGGGGUAGGGUCAGGUUCAACCCCAAUCUUUAUGCAAAUGGCACGGUUUGCCUUAGCAUUUUAGGGUAAGUAGCCAACAGACCAUGUGUAAAAAGGUACACGUAAAAAUGUAAAUUAACCACAGGGCCAAUAUUUUUUGUGGGUAAGAGGGUGAGAAUCAAAUUCAAAACUUCACACAAAGAAGGUCACAUACAUGUACAAGUACUAGACUCAAUUACCAUGCAGCCACUGCAUUCAGGAAAUAAACCGAUGCUUCUCUGCCACACAGAUGGCUGGAUGCACGCGUUUUCUAUUGUUGAUUUUUGCCUGUCAGAUUAUUGCCUGUUUGAAUUGAGCCAGCAGCAUAGAUCCCUAGAACAGAUUUUAAUCAGCAGAUGGAAAUUAUAAGGCUUUCUUUGAUGUGGUAGUGUGAUUAAGUUUUGGAACCUUUCUAAGCUAAAAAACCUGAAAAUUGACUUGAAACAAAAAAGGUUAGAGAAUCUAGUAAAAUUAAUGCUGGGGAUGUCUUUGUAAUUCAACCAAUCAUAUCUGGAUUGUCAAUAAUUAUUAUUUUCCAGUCUGUACCGAUGGUUGUUGACAGCCAUUGUGAAAGAGACAAUAUUCAAGUCCAUUUUUGUUGUAAUUUCACCCUUAAGGAUUUCACUAAUGCAAAAUCAACAGAAAUACCUUAAAUCAGUAGGUCUGGCUGCUGAGUUUACUAAAAAAGAUUAAAGUGACAAAGAGGCAAAAUGAAUGUCUGUGGAGGUCUAGGAUUUAAGUUCCUCACCUAUCUCCUUUUAGAUUUGUUUCACAGGUGUUGAGAGUUCAACACAUUGGCCAUGCCUGGACAUAAUGUGAAUAGCCAACUGGUUUAAUUUACCUCUACCACUUAGAGUUUUAAUUGUGCUUAUUAUUUUGUACUUAGUAUGAGUGAGGUCUUUAUACCCUUCAACCAGCUGCAAAAUUUUCCAUCAGACACUGUGAUGUACGUAAUGGGCCGAAAAUAGUGUUAACAUGUUUCAGACUUUGCUUGGUAUGGGCACCUGAAGAAUGUACGUGUACUAUUUUUUUGUUCCUUUAACAGAACUUGGCAUGGCCCAGCCUGGAGUCCUGCUCAGACUCUGUCAAGUCUUCUAAUUUCAAUCCAGUCUCUUAUGAAUGAGAAUCCAUAUCACAAUGAACCUGGAUAUGAAAACAGGGUUGGUACAUGUAUAUAAUAAAAAUAAUUAUCAUUUUGAUCAAGACUCAGGGCUGUCACUACAAUUUCAAGUUACUGGGUGUAAGCAAAUUAGACUUUAGGCAGAGAAUAAAAGAACUAUAUGUAGGAAGUUAUUUUGCUUUUGUCUUCCUUUUACACUGUUUCUUAUGAAAGUACUGGUAGUCGGGGGGGGGUCAUGCUCAUAGUAGCCAGAUAAAAUCCCUACCCCCUGGCUCUAAGUGACAGCCCUGAAGUCUACACAGGGCUUAAGGGAGAGUUAGCCAGGUAGCCUGAACUGGCAAAUAUAAAAUUGACCACCUGGGACAGUAAAGGACACUUUACAUUACAGCAAAUUUAAAAGAAGGCUCUCAAAGUGUAUCACUGUUGUACCAUUGUAUAUAACACAGGCAACCCGAACACCGUAUUAGCUAAUAGAAUGAUUAGAUGUAUUUACGCUGUAUUAGCUACUAAAAUAAUAAGAUGUAUUUACCUGUAUUCCUCUGUCUUUAUGGGUCGUUUUGGAAGGGAUUUGAAUCUGAUUAGAGAUGGCCAACAUUGCUGGCAUCAAAUGGUUGUUUCUCUGGCAUUUUGUAAAUAGGACGUGACAGUUACAUUUCAAGUUUCCAAUAUAUUAGAUUGAAACCAGAGAUCGUCUCCCAAGGAGAGUUAAUAGUUAACUUGAGACAGAACUGUCGCGUCUGAUGUGCCAGACAAACAAACAUUUUAUACCAGCAAUGUUAACCAUCUCUGGUCGGAUUCAAAUCCCUUCCAAAACGACUCAUAAAGACACAGAAAUACAUCUUUUUUAUUAGCUAAAACGGCUUAAAUGCAUCUAAUCAUUUUUAUGAGCUUUUACAGCAUGUGUUUAUAAUACGGCUGUUAUUUGGUCAGUAUUACAUGUUAUGGUCUGAGUGUAUAAUUAUGUGUCUUUGUAUCUCAGUUGUGGCUUGUGUGGCUUUGUGUCUCUGUUUGUGUGUUGCAGGACGAUGGAACAAUAGACUACAAUGUAUAUGAAAAGGUUGAAGGUACUAUGAGUUGACAGCUGGUGAUACUAGGAACCAAUCAUAAAUCAGAUGUUGGCGUCUAUGACUCAGUAGGUUUUAUAAGAUAUCCCAAAGAAAAUAACUGUUUCUUCUUUUAUUAGGAAAUAAGCAAAGGUGACUCCAGCCAAUAUAAUGAGGUAAUUCAGCAUGAAACUCUCCGAGUUGCAGUCUGCGAUAUGUUAGAAGGUGCACAAAGGUGUCCCCCAGUCCUCAGGUGUGUUGGAAUGUUGAUACGUGUACUGUAAUAACCAGCUCCUGGUAAUAAUUUAGAGACACUUUCAGGACUCGAAAAAAAAAAUUAAAUACCAGCUUGUUCUUUGGGCAAGCAGCUCUCACAUUUACUUGCCUGGGGCCACUUACAUGUACUUGUCUUACAGUUAAUGAUUUGUUAGAGGAUGGCUUGCUUGGUCUUUUGUCCACUGGGCAAGUGAGCCCAGCAAGAAACUCCACUAGUCCUGGCCUACAGGAAAGAUGUUGACCAGCAUUGUAGCUGGCAGUGCAUUGGUUGGUGUGUUAAUAAAAUAAAGAAAGUGGUAUUUGAGUGCACUCCAUUGUAGCCUGUGUCGGGCUCUCAGAUGGUGUUUUUAGAUAGUUUUGGACGUCACGAAAACCAGCCUAGCAAAAAUAAGACUUGCUUGCUCUGGUAAAGGGGGGCAGUUAUCACGAUCCUUGCACUUCACUUUCUCGGAGUCUGGAACAGGUAAACUCCAUGGAACAAAAAAAAAUCCAGAUUCAGAAUUUGGCAGUUCCAUAACCUUAAGAAUGUCUUUUUCGCGUACAUGUGUGUUCUAAAAUAUCUGGCAUUAAACGAAAAAAAAAAUGCACCAAAUUUGGCUAGGGCAAAUAUGAUGCAAAGAUGUGCAAACUAGGAGUGUGAUCAGGGGCAAUGAUGGAAUUUGCCAGCCACAUUUGCCUGCUAAUGUACAUUUUAAUCGACUCAUAGUUUGCACUUUUUUGCUCAAAGCAAAUUUGGUACAAAUCUAAUUUUACCAGUUUGGAAAGGGAGGAUAAUCCUUUGUUUGUUUGUUUUGUUUUGUUGUUUGUUUGUUGUUCCAUUGUGGGAUUUUUGUUUAAGUGAAUCGGAUGCAAAGUGUAUCGGAAUUUUGAGAGUGUUUUGUCGAGGAGAUUUCGAUAACAUACAUGUACUGUCAUUCAUUUUCCUCUCGAGGUUUCUGGACUGGUUGAAUACAUGUAGAUUGCGUCUUUUGUGAAAACUGCAUUAACUUUCUCAUUUUUAUUGCAGGACGAAAAUUAAGAAAUUAUUCCCCAAGUUUUACGACAGUUACUGUAAAAUCAUUUACGAGAAGAUGCAUUUAAAUGGCAAGAAAAUGAAGGUAAUAAAAUCGGCAUACCUUAUAAAAUGAGAUGAUCACGCUUCAUUAAAUUAACGCAAAUUUCCAAAAUUCGAGCUUAAUUAAGUCGCUUUAGUUUUUGUAAACGUUGAUUUCCGCGCCCUUAAUUAAGUGUAGCGUUAAUUUCCACGACUCUAAUGUCCAUUAUGUUGGUCCGAAAUUCUCGAUAAACUUUUGUCGUUUGUGACACCUAAGAAAGAGGAAUAUUUUAACUGUGGAAAGAUCUUCUAGUACAGUGUAUCAUUGAAACUGUGAAGAACCCUCCCAGUUGUCAGAUUUCUUCGCUUGACCUUCUCCGUACGUUUAGAAUGUAGCACAAACAAAGUUUCCAUUUCGGAUGAUAUACAUACAUACAUACAUACAUACAUACUUUAUUUGUCAUGUAGGUCAGUGAAAAAAGAGGCAGCUAAAGAAACCCUCCAAACCAAUUUAUUUACAAUGAGUAAGGAAAAAUAAAACAAUACCUAGCAAGAUAAACAACAGUUGACUUUGCUAUAUAUAAUUUACCUUCUUUAUUUAUUCCCUGUUUAUUAAAUGAAUCUAAAAUGUCAAACAAAAAAGAACCAAUUCCAUUUCCAUAGAAUGAUAUAGUCACUUUACAACGCCUUAUUCCUGUUGUCUCUUGAGGAACAAGUUUUGUUUCUUUGUAACUUCCUUUAUUUUGAAAUGUUACUUUGUAAAAGUCGUUUCCCAUUAAAUUCGCGUUAAUUUAAGUCUUGUUAAUUUCUAAUACCUUUAUUUCAUGGACUCCGUUAUGCGUCGGUCACGACAGUCGAUCAUUCGAACACACUGGGAUUCAGGAGGUUGUUUGUUUUUUGUUUUGUUUUGUUUUUUUCACAAAAAUGAUAUGCAGUCUAAGUUUUAGCCUGUGAAAACAGCUGACAUGUUGCGACGCCAUUACUGGUUUCCCCGCGAAAUGACGUCUGAGAAACGAGCGCAUAUGACAUAUCACUACCGACAUAUCGGGGUAGUGCUUCUGACUGGCUGAAGAAAAUUUUCAGCCAAUCAGUGGCUCUACCCAGAUCUGGGUAAUAACGCAUCAUCAGUAUGGAAUUUUUGCGCUCGUUCCUCAGACGUCAUUUCGCGGGGAAACCAGUGGUGGCCUCGCGAAAUUCUAAAAAAAGAAAAAAGCAAAAAAAUACUAAUUUCUCUGGUAAAUGAUAGUUUGAAUCAUAGGUAAGAAACCACGGAGAUAAACAAAAGGGUCGAAUCUGGAUAAAGAUGAUUUAAUUUAUGAUGCCGUCAAUUUGUUUUUAUAGGAUCCAUUUGAGAAUAACUCUGGAGUCUUUGAUUAUUUGUCGCUUAAAUUGAGACUAGAAGCUAUCAAGAGAAAAAUCGACCAAGAGAAGGCGGCGGGAAAGGAGGAAGAUAAUUCAUCGAGCGAUGACGAAGAAACGCCAAAACCGCCCAUCUCCGAAAAUCCUCCCCCUGAAAUUGAAGAUUGGGGGGAGUUUUUAUAUGAUAGCGACGACUGAUUUGGUAAUUCACAUUUAUGCAAAGCAGGAAAAUGUCUCAGAACAUAAGGAAAUUCUUCCUGCAAUGACAGAAGAAAGAACACUAUUGUACAUAUAACCACAACGUCAAAUGGAUUAUUUAUUCUCUAAUUUGUUAGAGGCGUAUUGGGAGAAUAACGUUAAUAAUUACCCACUUUUAAAUCUUACAGUCAUUGUGUACAUGUAAAUUCUUUUUUUAGUAUAAUUAUAAUAAGAUGCAUUCGUUUUGUUAAAGUUUUCCGAGAGUACAUUACUUUCAGUACAUAAUUCUUUGUCCGGGGAAAGAUUCAGUCCAUUAAGUUUACUGGCUGUGAUGCGCCGGGAAAAUGAUUAGUAUAUUAACAUAGACUACGAGUAGUCCCCAUUUUUCCUCAGGG